AUGCACCGCGCCCCAUUCCCCAUGCUUUCUGAAUCCUUUGUCGCGUCGACGCUGUCAUCCGGUAAAACUCCGACAGCCACGCUGCGUGAUGUCGGGAUUUGCCUGCAGGAAUUCCAGCCAUCCCCCCAGCUGCGAUCGGCUUUCAAGAAGAGCUCCACUAACCCCAAUUGUCUGGCUGUGAGCCCGUCACAUAUUUUCUCCGCUCAGGCCGAGAAGGCAAUCGUCCAUGUCUACAGCAGAGAGAAAGGAAAUCAGGAGGCCCUGGUGCCCUUUCCCGAGCGAAUUCGCAGCAUAGCCGUAGCUGGCGGCAAGUAUGGCGACGUGCUGGUGCUAGGAACCGAGGGCGGUCGAUUGAUACUCUGGGAGACAUGUACCGGACGUCAAGUGGCGACCACGGCCUCCCAUCUGCAACCGGUCACCUCGCUUGUCGUCGACCCCACCUCCAAUUUCAUCCUGUCUGGGUCUUCUGAUGCGAGCAUACACGUCUGGUCGUUGCCGAAUAUCCUCUCCUUUUCGAAGCCCGCUGCUUCCCGGGACCGACAGCCCUCGAACUCCCCCGUACGAACCUUCUCCAACCACCGCGCGGCCAUUACAUCUCUAGCUGUCGGACAUAGCAGUGGCCGCCACAAUAUCGUCGUGUCCACAGGCAAAGAUAACACAGCGAUUGCAUGGGAUUACCAAACUGGACGAGUUCUACGAACAUUCCUCCUGCCAUUCUCUGCGACAUGUGUGGCUCUUGACCCGGUUGACCGGGCGUUCUAUGUGGGCUAUGAAGACGGCAGCGUACAAUCGGUCGACUUCUACCGAAACGCCUCUGCUCAACACCCUCUUCAUGACUCUUCUCUGCAAUCUAUACCUGCCCAAGUGUCUACCGAGGACCGAUGGCUCCCACCCGCCGCCGACUCAGGUGCCGCUAAAGCUCUUGGACUAUCGUACGACGGUACUACCUUAUUCUCGGCCCACCAGAGUGGUAAGGUGCUGUCGUGGAACAUUUCGCGCCGGAAAUUCUCAUCUUCAAUUGCCGAUUACACCCAUCCGGUUACAAACUUGGUCAUGCUGCCACCCAGUGGUUUGGCUAGCUCAUCGCAGGAGUUGAAGAGAACCAUUCACACCAUCGUCAAACCUCGUCAUGAUAGCGCCUUCGCAGAUCCGUCGCAUGCCCCUGGGGCUGUGCCAGCCGAGUAUGCCUUUCACUCACACAUCGUCGCACCAUUACAACCUAAAUCACGCAAGUCGACCCAAUUUUCUCAAGCUCUCACUCAUGCAUUUUUCCCGGACUCCAUGAUUGAAGAUGGCCUUGCUGAACUGGCAGCAUUCCGCCAACUAGGUGGCGCCAAUUCGGCCCAUGUUGAAAACCACGUUGCAGAUCUGGAAGCAGAGGUUGCAAUGCUCAAAAAGAAGGUGGCAGUCAAUGACACUGCUCGACAUGCUAGCAGUGAUGAGGUUGUGCGGUUACGCUCGGACCUUGCUCAGCUGCAGGAUUACAUCAAUGCGCUGCAUGAGAAGCAGGAAGCUUCUCAUCGUGACAAGGUCCUGCGGCAAGCAAGGAAAGAGGAACGUGAGACAAAGCGACGUGAAGCAUGGCUCGCUGCAGAGAAAAAAGGUCGCAAUGGCGAUGCUGCGAUGAAGAAGAUGGAAGUCGAUGAUGGUUUGGUCACCAGUGACUCGGAUGAUCAGAACGAUGAGUAA